AUGCACUUGCCUGUCAAUUGGACGCAAACGGACCAGGAAAUCAUCGAAACGCUGCUGUUCGACCAGCCGCUGGGCAGCUACAAGAGCGACGAGUCCAAUGCCCAGCAGCUUAUGCGCUAUCGGUCUCUGAUUGCGAGGCAAAUUGCAAAUGAUACGCGCAAGUCCAAGCACCGCGCGGUGCAGCGCCGCUUCAUGCAGCGCAAGAAGGACCAGGUCAGUCGUGUCAAGGAGGAAGUCCAGCGACUGCAGCAGGAGCGCGACCUGCUGCAGAUUUCAAGAGAGAAGCAGCAGCUACAAGCGGAACACGACGCGUUGAAGGCAAAUCUGAAUAAUUGCGCGCCGUUGCCUUACCCGAGCCAAGCGCAGAUUGAGCUCUUGCUAGCCGGCCACCAGAAGUUGAUCCGAGAGCACUACAUCCCAUUAACUGCAGAAGAUUGGAACGAACUGCUGAGGAAGAACCUGCAGGAGUUCCAGGCCACGAGCUGCGAGACGGACUAUGAGAGCACUGGCGCCGUUGUCAUGGGCUGGAGUGACCGACGGAAGAUCGACUUGGAGCAAGGAUCGACGCGGUUCGUCAUGUCCAAGCGGUUCGAUCACUUAAACGCGGAGGCGUUCUACACGACGACGUUCGACAAGUUGUGCCAACCAGAGACGCACCCGAGGCUCUUCCAUCCUGUUGUGACGAUCCAGAUGCAGCAACUGCAGCGGGUCGACGAUGACGGCGUUGUUCUCCAUCGCUGCAUGUUCAACCCGCAGACUGGAGCGGUGGUGCACACGGUUGAGAGCAUGAUGCGCGUCCAGCACGGACGCAACCAUGUCAUUUUCUUGCGUACGCUGGAGCACAACGCCGCUUACGGCUGCCUGCCCAAGUCGCACCACUGGCUGCAGCUGUUCACCGCGCUGGUGUUCACGCCAUCGCCUUCCAGCAGGUUCGCGGCAAGCGGAGACGAUGUCAAGUACUGGCUCAUGGAGAUGCUGUACGUGAUCCUCCGCUUCGAGAGCGUCAUGGUUGCGCCAGUCUUCGCCCUGCGGUCGGCCUGA